AUUAUCUCACUCACAUGAAUCCAAAUCCUCCUCCAACCUCAUAUUAUUUAACAUUAUACAUAAUAAUUUUCUCAAAGAAAAAAAACAGAGGCAUAUGUCUCCAUUUAUAUCUAUAUAAACAUCCAAGAAAGACCAUAAGAGUAUAUGAAUAAUAUACCCUUAAACGCAGAGAAGCCAGAGACUCCCACAACAAAGAGUUUAUAAGUCUGAUCUCAGUCUGAUCAUUUUCCACAAACAAUGAUGUCUUCAUCAUCAGCCACCGAUACUAUCACUAAGCCGUCGUCAUUGCCGGCGGUGGAGUCAGUCACAUGCGACACGUGCGGUUUCGCAGAAGAAUGCACGCUGGCUUACAUCCACCGCGUCAAGGAGCGGCACAAGGGACACUGGCUUUGUGGGCUCUGUAUGGAGGCAGUUAAGGACGAGGUGGUUCGGUCCCAGACUAGAAUCUCCAUCGAGGAAGCUCUCCGCCGCCACACCACUUUCUGCCACCAGUUCCGUUCUUGGAGUCCAGACGAGGAGGAAGAUCCAAUAUCAGUCAUUGGAAGGAUUCUACGGCGAAGCCUUGAUGGCUCUCCACAGAGAACCACCACGAGGUCCAGCUCGAGUGGGGCUUUGCCGGGUAUUGACGGAGUAGCGUCACGACGGUCGCUUCUUCGUUCUGGCAGCUGUUUCCCUUCUCUCUCUACUUAAUUAAUUAAAAUCUGUUAAAUGUAAAAAAAUUUGCUUAUUGUUUUUCGUUACAUUUUUCGUUAAAUAAUGUUAUUUUGUAUUUAAUUACAUUUUAGAUGGAGAAGAAAGAGUUGGAAUCCGAGGAUGUAAUCUCCUAUGACGUUAGUCUUUCUUCAUAAGUGAGUUUAAUAAUAAAAUGAUUAAUGAGCAAAGCUCAUAUUAUGCA